GAAAUAAUAGCAAUAGCACUUGUAGACUGUAGUAAAGUUAGUGUCCGAAACUGCAAUUUGUUCUCAUCUAAACAGUAAUUUGAAUCGCCCAAACCCUAUCCCGGUGAAAACUUGUCCGAUACACUCAUCAAAACGACGACACCGCUGACUUUGAUUGAAUGUAAAGUGGACGCUUGAAGGCCUGGAAAGCGUGAAUCUCCAUGGAGUCAAAACGACGUCGUAGUGAUGCUUUGCUCCCCUGGUUUUUGGCGAUUGAAGCCCUCGCCUCUUAUCAAACCGAUCCAUCUUUUCUAUUCGAUUUAGUGAAAAAGAUUCCGGGGGAUUGUUCGGAGAAUGAUGGGAAGAAUGCGAGAGAAUUGGUGUGCUUGAGGGUUUUAGAGAGUCUAUCUGUUCUCGAAAAUGGAAAAAUGAAAGCGGAUUCUGGUGCUCGUAUUAGUCCAUCGGAUUGUUGUGAAGAUGUUCUUAUACAAGUACUGCUUAAGAUUUCGUCAAGAGAAAAUCAGGAAUUGAGUAAAUCUGGAAUGUUGAAAGGGGAUAUCGAGCAAUAUGUUAAGCGGAAAAUAUCUUGCUUGCCUAAAUGCGGUUUGGAACGGCUGAAGGAUGUGAUUUUGAAAGACAGCGAUGUGAUUCCCUUGUCUGUGAAGGAAAAGAGUGGUUUGUUAAAGAAAUAUCAUUCUGAUGGAAAUGCAACAAGGGAUGAAAGGAGUGACCGUGAUGCUUUGUUCCCCUGGUUUUUGGCGAUUGAAGCCCUCACCUCUGAUCAAACCGAUCCAUCUUUUCUAUUCGAUUUAGUGAAAAAGAUUCCGAGGGAUUGUUCGGAGAAUGACGGGAAGAAUGCGAGAGAAUUGGUGUGCUUGAGGGUUUUAGAGAGUCUAUCUGUCCUCGAAAAUGGAAAAAUUAAAGCGGAUUCUAGUGCUCGUAUUAGUCCAUCGGAUUGUGGUGAAGAUGUUCUUAUACAAGUACUGCUUAAGAUUGUACAUUCGUCAAGAGAAAAUCAGGAAUUGAGUAAAUCUGAAAUGUUGAAAGGGGAUAUCGAGCAAUAUGUUAAGCGGAAAAUAUCUUGCUUGCCUAAAUGCGGUUUGGAACAGCUGAAGGAUGUGAUUUUGAAAGACAGCGAUGUGAUUCCCUUGUCUGUGAAGGAAAAGAGUGGUUUGUCAAAGAAAUAUCAUUCUGAUGGAAAUUCAACAAGGGAUGAAAGGAGUGACUGUGAUGCUUUGGAUGAUCCUCCUGUUAGGGACUUGCCAUCUGGAAAGACUGAUGUGAAAGACUCGGGGUAUGCUAAUCAAGAGGGUUCAACUUCUUUAAAUGAGAAAUUUCAUGUUGACAGUGUUCCUGUAGAAAUUGUCCAACAUAGUGGCGAAGAAGAGUCAAACUUACUUAGAGAACUUGGGGUGGAAAAUUUAAGAGAGACCGUUACUUCUGAGAAUGUUGAUUCUGAUCGUGUUGCAUCAAAGAAGCUUAGAAUGAGCUUCACUGUCGGUGAUGCCCAGCUCUUGCAUAAUCAACUACAAGGUACUUGUAAUGUUGAAAAAUUGACUCAAGGUACAUCUGGUGAAGAACAUGACUUAAACAUCAUUGCUGGUGAAGCUAAAAAUGAUGCUGAAGGCUAUGUUGAAUCAAAAACUGUAGUCAGUUCACCGCGGUUUGUCGAUCAAGGAACAAAUUCUGUUCAUGAAGCCAAAGAUAACUGCGAUCAUAGUUUAUCACUGACCCCUAAUAGUUUACGAUGUGGUGAGAUCAGAGCUACAGUGGAGAGUGAACAUCAAUCCGAAACUUUAUCUGAUGAUGAGAUCCUUAUAAGAAAUACUACAUUUUUAAACUCUCAAUGUUCACACAGUCAAGAUUCCUUGGCUACAUUGAAUGGAAUGAAGCUUUGUAUGAUAUGUAAGAUUGGUGGUCAGUUGUUGGUUUGUAGUUCUGGGUCCUGCCAAAGAGUGGUCCAUGAGAGAUGCAUGGGUGUUGCACCCACCUUUGAUGUGACAAGGAGGUUUUACUGUCCCUUUUGUGCAUAUUCACGAGCAAUUUCAGAGUACUCAGAGAGCAAAAAGAAGUACUCCUUAGCAAGGAAAACUCUUGUGGCCUUCAUUAACCGAGAUGAAUAUCGUCUGAGGAACUCCUCCAGUGUUUUACAUAGGGAAGAUCAGAAUCACUCAAGAGAAUCUGAAAUUUCAAAUAAAAGCAUUGAAGAAAACAGGCUUGAGAAUGUUGUAAGCAGAGAGAUCAAAAAUAGUUCCAGAAAAAAUACAGGAGACAAACCCUCAAUAUCCUGUGAUUCAUCAAGUAGGAAAAGGGCAAGAGCUGUAACUUCUGGAGAAAAUGAAGUUGCAUUAGAAGUCAAGAGUAAUGCAGAAGGCUGCCAAUCCUUAAGUGAACAGGAAAAGCAGGUUCCUGUACUAGGUGUCCAGAACAGAGAACCUGAGAGUUCACUGCCUGGAGUGAGUGAACAACUUGGCACAGUCGAAAAGCUUCAGGAAUUUUCACAUCAGCCAAAAGGUGUCCCCCAAGUAGAAAAUAAAGAAGACCUAUAUUUAGCAUCCCAAGCUAUCAAGGAUAGUGAAGCUUACAGCUCCAAGUCCAAAUAUUCGGAAAUUGCCUAUAGGCGUAAGCGACAUUCUGGAACUCCAAAGGAGCAGGAUGUUUCUAAUCAACCAACAGUUUCACCCUGUGAACCUGCAAAGCCAAAGCAUUCUGCUGAAGGAAAAAGUUCAGGGGAGAGAAGCGAAUCUACUACUCAACACUCCUUAAGAAUCCGGAAGCGAAAACAGCAGUACUCAUAUCCAUCAAUGCCACAUUUGAGGAGGAAGAAAAUUCUAUGGUCAAAUGCCGAGGAAGAGGCACUAAAGGAGGGAGUAAAGAGAUUUGCAAGUCAUCAUGAUGGACUAAUGCCAUGGAAGACGAUUUUAGAAUUUGGAGGUGAUGUUUUCAAGAAUCGUACAGCUAUAGACCUGAAGGAUAAAUGGAGGAAUAUCUCCAAAGCAUCUGCAAAAGUAUGAAGGAACUAGUCAAAAUUUGGGUAUACUUUGUUUUGGGUACUUCGUUUUUGCCUCUCCUGUCUAUAAGUAUGAAGGAACUGUUCUGCUUCGGCUUUUGCUAGUAAAGCUUACUGUAGAUGGUUGAUUAUCAGUGGAGUAUAUAUUUUUCUUAUGUUCAA